ACUCAAUUAGCUAAAUGCUACCAGUCGUUAGUUUAUUGAUUUUCAUCGUUACUGUCCCUUCUGUGUAUCGCUCUGAUAGCGAGCACAAUGCUAAAACGCAGUGCAAAGAGUCUAGCUAUUCACGGCAGCCGAUAACACAUAACUGUGAAAAUGGAACGGAACGUCAGUAUUAAUUCAUGAAUUUGUUGUCUUCCGAACUAUGAAUGCAACUUGGAUGAUGUGUAUAAAUAUGGAAAUGAAACAAAGUCUACAAUGAAGCCUAUUGAAGUAAAUGAAGACAAUUUUGACUCCCUUCUUGCCUAUGAUGACCUCUUCUUAGAUUACUUCAAUGCAUUUCUUCAAUAUCCAGCCUUCCCCCAGCCACUCUACUACAAUCGUCUGACUGGGUCCUUCCAGGAGGUGGAGGAUGAUUCUCCCUAUGGAGCAGUGCAUUCCUCUGGUGGUGGAGACCAUAGGAGAAGGUACUAUGGCCCGGGGGAUGCAGAGAGGGAGAGGAUCAUGGAUUGGGCCAGGAGGGAAAGAUUACCCCUAUUUCUCAGAACAAAGCUCUUCCUAGAAUACAAACUAUGCAAGCUUCUCAUCCGUCCACUCGAGGAGCGUCGAUCAACCAGCCGCCCCAGCAGCCGAGGCCUGAGAGGGUACAGCCGGGAGACGGCCAGCUAUUCCAGCACUUCCAUGAGCCUUGCCCAGAGCCACGAAGCGUCGGCCUACGAGAAUGACAGUGACUUCAGCUGGCCUGGGGACGCUGAUAGACUCUUCUUGUUCAAGCACAUGCGACCAGGAUCAAGGUGUAUCAGUAUGCCACCUAUGCUUGGGUUAACUGUCAAUGGUGCCUUAUGGAGUCCUAUAGAUGCCUAUCACGCCCGCAAGCUGUCGCCGAGCAAAAAGUCCUCGCGAGAAAGCCGUAGAGCGACUGGGAAAUCCAGGUCAUCCCGGGAGAAGCCCAGUCCAGGGCAGGAGACCGAGACGGGGGCUGGCGGUGAUGCAGGGUCAAAGGUCGCCUUGCCCUCUGUCAGUAGGGAAGACACACAGUUGACUGUUAAGAGCAGGGACGGGCAAAAAUCAAGAAAGAGUGCCUUGAAAACUGAAAGCAGCAAAGAGAAUACACCCAAGAAGAGAGCUACCAUCCAGACUCCUAACAGAGGAGAUUCGGGAAGAAUACCACUCACAGAACAAACUAACGAAAGGCCUGGACCAGAUGGCGCUGAACUGCAAAGAACUCUUUCCAAAGAAAACGCAGAGGAUGGCGAUGAUGAAGAUGAAGGAGAAACAGGAAGUGAAGAUGAAAUCUAUAGCAAUCAAGGAGAACAAGAGGAGGAGGAGGUAGAGGAGGAGGAUGAUGAGGAUGGUUCCAGCAUCGCUCUUCCCCAGGAGGUCAUCGAUGAGGAGCAAGUCCUGGUGAAUGUCGGUGAACUCAAGGAGGACGUCCUCGUUGAUCAGGAAUUGAGGGUUGAGGGAGAUGGAGAAGCAGAGCCAGACCAUAGCAUGAUCAAUUAUGAGGAGGAUCUCACCGCUGUAGAUGAGAGAACGGAGUCUGAAUUGAGAGAGGUAGAGGUCAAACACCGGGUCACAUUCCAUCAACUCAAAGAAGAAAUCCUGGGCAGUCUGGUUGGUAUGGAGUUGUUCAAAGCCUUCCUGGCUGGAACUCUAGGAGAGGAUAUGCUCAACUUCUGGCUCGACUGUGAGAUGUACCGAGACAACGUACAGAGUAUGGAGGGAGGUACUGAUAUCAAAAGGACAAGACUGUUUAGAGACAUUCAAGACAAGUACCGGUUCAAGCUGACCCCGGACGCCCAGAAGCAGAUCAAGCAAGCCCAAGGGAACAUCGGACUGAGUGAAUCCGUCUUCACCAGGACCCAGUAUGAUGUUCUGAGGAGACUCAGGUCGUACUGGGUGGCUAGGUUUCUCAUACACCAGGAAAGGACAGGAGAGUAUAGCUACGAGCGACUGAGGGAGCGCCAUCAGCGCAUGAUGGAAGAUGCUAAGAAACCCAUGGACACGUUCCUUCCCUCCAUCUCGCUGGUCAACUCACUACCGGUCAGACCCUCAUCUUGCUUCCGACUGGCCACCACCCAGAAGGACUGGUCAAUCGUUGCCCAUGGAGGGCGCCAGAUGGAGGAGUAUAUCAGGCCGGGGCACCUCAUGACCAUGGACGACACCAAGUACAUCCCCAGACCAAUGUCGGCAAGGUUUCAUGUGGGGCUGGCUUGCGACAAGGACGCUGGGAGGCCAUUCCAGAGAUAUCUAGAAAGACAUUCUGACCGGCUACUCCUUGCCAACCUGCUCUUCUGGCAAGACGUAUCAGACUAUGUCCUGGCUGAGGACCGAUCAGCUGACCGUCUCCUCCUCAUGGGUCAAGCAUGGUCAAUCUUCAAUAAAUACAUCAUGGACGAUGGCAUAUGGAAUAUAGAUCUGCCUCCAGGAGAAAGGGAUUUCAUCCACAGCACCCUUCUCUUGACCAGUGACUUUGCGGAGGCUGCGACCUUUGACCGGGCCAAAGAGCACGCUGUCCACAUGCUCCAGAGAGAAUGGCUCCACUUCCUGAAGGAGGAUCUCAAAGUAUUUCUGGACUGCAGAGCAAGACCCGAGGAUCGCAUCCUGUCAGCCAGCUCCCAACGUUCCUCCUACUCUGAGAGAUCAGCCGUAGCAAGGCAGGAAUCACUCAUGGAAAAACUUGACCCAGAGGAGGCAGCAGCAGCCGCCGCCAUGAAAAAGAAGAAGAACAAGAAAGGUGGCAAGGCCGGCAAGGACGACGGCACCAACCAGGCCGAUAAAGAAGCCCUCAAGAAACAGCGGGAGGCCAAGAAGAAGAAGCAGAUUGCCAUGCAGAGGAAACUGGUCCGGCAGGCCAAGGCCAGGCAGCAGGAGGCCAAGAAGGGCACCAAGCAAGGGGUCAAGUUUGAAGGGAAAGAUGAGAAGGAUCAAGGGAAACCAGGAGACGGGAAAGGAGACAAGAAGCCAGAGGAUGAGAAGGAGGCCACUUUCAAGAAAAUGUUUAAGAAUAAGAGCGUUAUGAAUCUGUUCAAGACCUACGUUCAAGACUUUGAGAGUAAGGAUGUGAACAACAUGGUGCAGAUGUACUCUGAUGUUGAUAUAUGCUGGCGAAUCCCUGAAAACCAUGCAGACAAACGUACAUCAAUCUCCAAGCAGAUCUACAGUAACUUCUUUGAUCCGAACUCCAAGAGGUCCAUCCCUAUGAGUCGAGAUGUAGCAGCCAGGCAGAACACAGAGGGAGAUCGUCUCUCUACCAAGACCAUGGACAUGGCUACCAAAUCAGUUCUGCCGCAGAUAGAAGAGGCUUUUCAGAACUUCUGGGCAAGUUACAUGGAUUCUGGAGAGGAGCCAGGAGGUGAGCGAGCUGAGGGUGGGACGGCUACGAGCAGGACAGAGAGUACUCAGAGUAUGGUUCUAGCUUAUAAGAGAAGACGCAGAGGAAAGGGACCGCAAUCUGGUCAACAGAUGCCCACCGCCCAGGACAAGAACGAGUUCCAGACCCUCUUGAUCAAGUCGGCCAGAGGGAUCCCGUCCCACAAGCUCAUGUACUUCCAUCGCUACCUCAUGGACUACAAUGGCAAGGACGGAGGAGCAGAGUUUCUGGACAAGGAUCUUGUCUUUUAUCUGGAGGCACAGCGAUUUAAGGAAGCUUGCCAUUCCCGCAUGGACAUGGCUCUACUCAAGAGAAAGGUGGAAGUCAUUUUGGAUUGUUUUGUUGAUUCUCCUCUGUCCAACUCUGGUAUUCUGAUUGACAUAUCCACCGAGAUGUCCAGCAAAGUGAUGAAGAAAGCAGACAUCUUCUUGAAGGACACCGGUAAAGAUCCUCACAACCCCAACUUCUUUGACGACGCCCAGUACGCCUUGUUCAAGGAGAUGCUGCCUUACUUUGCUUCGUUCAGUAAGCGUUACCAGCAGCCCUCCUACCAGCAAGACAGACUGCCGUAUUCAAAGUAUGAGAAACUGGCCAGAGACCGGCUGAGAAAGUUCAUGGAAAUGGAGGAGCCUAGCACCGAAUUCAAGCUGCCCUUGGUGAACAACCCACCGCAGAAUCGCACAGGUGGGACUGGGAUGACCUUCUCGAUCGGCGAUGGCUUGCAAUGGAAGAAACAGGUCUUUGAUGGCAAUGACGGAAACGACGCAGCCAGCGAAGUGGGCUCCAUCCAGGUCCCUCGGAGCGAGAGGGCCAGCAGCACCAGGGAAUCUAGCUCUACUCCUGGAUCCACAUAUCAGAAGCCCUUUAAGAACAAUCUAUCCAGGUCCCUGGACUCUGUACAUACACCACCUAGACCCAACAGGGUCAGUGCAGUUCCAAGACUGUCAGUAGUAGUCCAGGACCUAUAAGUUUAGGAUUACCAUUUUGACCCAACUGGGUCAGUGUAUUUCCAAUUAGACUUGUCCAGGACCUGUAAGUUUGUGGAAAUUGUUUUGAUUAUGGGUUGGUACUCGGUAAAGAAUUUUAAUUUAAUCAAUGUAAUCAAUUUGUUAUUUUUUAACAGAUUCUUUCAUUAUCAAUUUAAUUUGAAGGUCCCACCGCAACUUUCUAUGACUUAUCUCUUAUUUUUAUUUGAUCUUGUAUCUUGAUUGUGUAAUCUGCCAAAUAUGGUUAUAUUUUGGAGAAUGAUAUUGUAUGUGACUGAAGUAAUUGAUUAAUAUUAUUAAAGUAAUCUAAAAUAUAAAAGUUUUUGGGUUGCACAUACAUUCACAAGCAUUUCAGAAAUGCAUAGGAUGAAUAAUGUGUCUAAAAUAUUGCAAAUUCUUAUUCUUCAUGAAGAAUGAAAAGAUUGAUGAAGUUUUUGUUUGUUUUGAAAUCGGAUGAAAAACAAUUUCAUUUAUGUUUGUAAUUGCAGUGAAAUUGAUGAUCAUGUAGUUAAUUAUAAUCCAUAUGUGUCAUAAACUUAUUAGCUUGUUGGAGAAGCAAUUGAAACAAAUGAAAGCAGCAAAUCAUAACAAAUUAACAAAAUUUUCCUUAAUGUCACUAAACAGUACUUAGAAUGCUUCUACGGCAACUAUCUUCUUGGAAAUGCCCUAAUAUUUUGAAUUAUUCAGUCCUUCUGAUUUCUGAUAGUCAUUUUCCAGUGAUUAAUUUAUUUCUCUUGUGGUUGUCAACUUUAUAGUUGGAUUUUGAAGCCAUUAUAUCAACCACUCAGUAUUUUUGCUUAAGUAAGGGAAAUUCUUGAAAAACAUUUAUUAAAAUGUCAAACUGUUACAUUGAUGUAAGAAGACCUUGAUGAACUAACCAUACUUUUUGUUUUUAAGUAGGUGAGUUUUAUUGGUUUGUUUACACUUACAAUAUUGUAGUACUAAAGUUUUUCACCCUUUUGUUAUUUUACUUGAAUGUUAAGAUAUCUGGUAUUAACACUUGUUGACAUAUAAAAAGUGUGAAGUAUUAUCUUAGUUUUUUACCAUAUUAUAUGAUAACAAUAUUUGAAGUGUUUAGUAUUUUCUCCUCUAAAGUAGAAAUAAAUGAGAAGAUUUUCCAGGUCUUUUACAUUCAUUUUUUCUUUGAAAUCAAAUGCACCAAAGAUGACUACCAAGAACCGUCCAUUCCAUGAUAUAUUUCGACAAAUCAGGUGAAAGGUAUUACAUUUUUUUCUUGUAUAAUAUAAUACUGUGAAGCCUUGUGAACAAUACAAUCAGAGAUUUAAUGUGAAUUUGAAUUAUGUAUUGAAAAUCAGAUAUUUUUGUAUUACAGUUGAUCAAAGUUGUGAUUAUUUUAGAACAAAAACUGUGUUAUGUACAUGAAACAUUUAUGAUAUUAUACACAAGUUUCCUUCCAAUCAUGAGUUCCAAAUGAUUCCGUCCAUAUUUGAUGUCAUGACUGCUCAUAGUUUCGUCCAAAGAAAAUAUUAAUAUUUUAUAUCAUAUGAUGCGAAUUCAUUUUAGCUAUAGUAUUUGAUAUUUAUUGCCAGUAUUCAGAAGAGUUUUAACAAGUAUACCUAACUGAAUUUGAGACCACUUACACUGCAAAGCACCUUUUAAGCUGGUUACUUUUUCAUGAAAUCUGAUUGAUUGCUGGUCCAGUUAUUUAUCCUAAGGUUCAGUAAUAAAAAUGCUCAUUGAUUUAAUUUAAUUUGAUUUUCUAGCAGUUAAAAGACGAAGUAGUGAAGAAAUACAUAUAUCGCCUAUGUUUCUCAUUGUAUAGUGUCUGUUUUCAUAGUUGAUUUGUUAUACAUAUUUCUAGUGCCUAAAUGUUUCAUUCCUCUGAAACAAUGGAAUAAGAAUUAUUAAGCUAUAUCUUUGGUGUGAAAAUAUAGAGGUUCUAAUAACAAAGACUUCAAUUGUUUAAAGGGUAAUUUAUCUGAAGAAA